AUGACAGCGCGUACACCUCUGAGCCGCGCCGUCCUAGGACUUGCGUGGAGCUGCUUGAGCUUUCUGUCCUGCGCUCAAUGCGGCUUAAGUGACAACCAUGUGCACUCCAGUUUUAUUUACAGGAGGUUGCGCAAUCACGAACGCAGGGAGAUCCAGAGAGAGAUCCUCUCCAUCCUGGGCUUGCCUCACCGUCCGAGGCCCUUCUCUCCCGGGAAGCAGGCGUCCUCCGCGCCGCUGUUCAUGCUCGACCUGUACAACGCCAUGGCCGUGGAGGAGGAGGAGGGGAUGCCGCAGCUGGGCGCCGGGAAGAGCUUCAGUGCCAAGGCUCAAGGGCACUCCAGGAAAGCGUACUACAGCCCCCAGCAUGCCGCCGGGUACUCUCGCGUGGCACAGCCUUACCGAGCGGCCCCUCUGCUGGGCCACAGCCCCGCGCUCACCACAGCGCAAGACACCAACUUUCUCAAUGAUGCCGACAUGGUUAUGAGUUUUGUCAAUUUAGUGGAUAAAGAUAAAGAUUUUUCGCACCAACGAAGACACUACAAGGAAUUCCGUUUUGAUCUGACUCAGAUCCCGGAAGGAGAGGCGGUGACUGCUGCAGAGUUUCGGAUCUAUAAGGACCGCAGUCAUGCCCGCUACGACAAUCUUACUCUGAAGGUCACAAUAUAUCAGGUCAUCAAGGAAUAUCAAAACAAUGAUGCAGAGACGUUCUUGCUCGACUCCAAAAAGGUCCAGGCAUCUGAUGGAGGCUGGUUAGUGUUCGACAUCACGACCACCAGUAACCACUGGGUGAUGAACCCACAGCAGAACUUAGGGCUGCAGCUCUGUGUGGAGACUGGAGAUGGUCGAAGUAUCAACAUAAAAUCUGCUGGAAUCAUUGGGAGGAAUGGGCCCCAGUCCAAACAGCCUUUCCUGGUUGCUUUCUUCAAGGCCAGUGGGGUGUUGCUUCGCUCUGUCAGAGCUGCUGGCGGUAAAAAAAAGAACCACAAUCGCAAUAAAUCUACUAAUCAACAAGAAGCAUCGAGGGCACCAAAAACUGGAGAUUACAACACAAGUGAACAGAAGCAAGCCUGCAAGAAGCAUGAACUUUACGUCAGUUUUCGAGAUUUGGGCUGGCAGGAUUGGAUCAUCGCACCUGAGGGCUACGCUGCCUUUUACUGUGAUGGGGAAUGCUCUUUUCCACUCAACGCACACAUGAAUGCAACAAAUCAUGCAAUUGUGCAAACGCUGGUCCAUUUAAUGUUUCCUGACAACGUGCCAAAGCCAUGCUGUGCCCCGACCAAGCUCAACGCAAUAUCAGUGCUUUACUUUGAUGACAGCUCAAACGUUAUCCUCAAGAAAUACAGAAAUAUGGUAGUUAGGUCUUGUGGAUGCCAUUAG